AUGGCGGUGCACCUGACAGCCCCGGACGGCACCCGCGCGGCCCCGCUCGCCACCGCCGCCGCGGCAGCAACAGCAGCAGCCGCGGCGGUCUCGCGGGAGCGCGCGGGGCGCCUGCUCUGGUCCGCCGUCGCCGCGCAGCUUGCGGCUCCCUCGCGCGCGGGGGUCCGGGAUCGAGAUAGGGAGGAGAAAAUCGUGCUCGUCACCGGUGCCGAGAUCGCAUUUGCCGGGGAGGCAUACGGCCCGCUGUUUAGGGACCUGGCGUCCCACGCGCCCGCGCUGCGCCAGAUCCUCGCGACGCUGACAGAACGCGUCCGGCCCGGCGGCGGCGGCGGCGGCGGCGGCUGGGACGGCGGCUGGGACGGCGGGGACGAGGACACUGUCAGCUGCUGCCUGAAGCUGCUGCAGGGCGCGGCCGCCACGGACCCUGACGCGAUGUUGGCGGCCGCGGGGCCGGCGGCGGCGCUCGCGGCGCCGCUGCUGGCGGUGCUGGCGGGGGCGCCGCCCUGCUGGAGGCCGGCGGCAAUUCCACGUGUCCCGCACUCGCCGCAGGCCUGCUUCUUGCCAUCGUGCGCCGCGGCGCCGGCGCGGCGGUGA